AUGGCCUCGUACGGCAAUAGCACCAUGUACACCCCGGACCAGUUCAUGAAUCCGGGGCCGGCACCCCGCCCGCCAACUGAUCGUCCCAAGUUGACGCUCCCCAUCAACAACAAUGUCGCUACCUCCUUCAGUCAAAUGUCGCUGAAUUCUCCCAGUACACCCGGUCCCGGUGGCAAUCUCUCGCUGUUCCCCAAUACUAGCACCCCCAGCUUGGCCCGCGCCCAGACGGGCGGGAGCGGCGGUCUUCAGAUCAUCAAAGAAGGCUACGUGCGAUGCAAGGAAGACAAGUUCUUGGCCACCUGGAAUCAGCGUUACCUGGUCCUUCGGGACUUCAAGAUUGACUUUUUAAAGAGCGAAUCCGGCAAAGUGGUACUCUCGUUCCCCCUCUCGACCGUCACCGCCGUCGCACGCUCGGAGGAAUCCAAAAUGGCCUUUGAAGUCACUCGCCUGGCGAACCCCAAGGACGCCGCUUCCAAGGCCGCCUUGAUCACUCGCGAUGUCCCCACCAAAACAAUUACUUGUGAGGUCAAGUCUGAUGAUGAAAUCUACGAGUGGAUUGAUAAGAUCUACGAGCGCUGCCCCGGCAUGGGCGGUGUCAGUAACCCGACCAACUUCAGCCACCGAGUCCAUGUCGGCUUCGACCCGCAGACCGGCGCUUUCGUGGGCUUGCCUCCAGAAUGGGAGAAGCUGCUGACCGCUUCCGCCAUUACCAAGGAGGAUUACAAGAAGAACCCCCAGGCUGUGAUUGAGGUCCUCGAGUUCUACUCGGAUAUCAAGAUGCGGGAACAAAAUCCGCAAUACUAUGCGGGUAUGUCUGGUCCUGGAGGAGCGCAGCCCAAGCCUCUGGGUAGCAAUACAGUGGGCAACUCGAUUGCUCCCCCUCGCCCUCCUCCACCAGGCCCUCUGCAGCGCCUUGACAGCGGCCAGUCAAAGUCUUCUAUGGAUAGCUCGAUGCGUUCUGCAACAUCUUCUCCCGGCCAGCAAGGUCCGGAAUACGACCGUGCGGCUGAACAGCAGCAACAACUUGAACGCAUGAAGCAGAUGGCGGAGCAAGAACGUCGCCGCUUGGAAGAGGAGCAGCGCCGUAAGGAAGAUGCCGCAUACAACGCAUCCCUUCCCCAGACUCGUGUUCCAUUGGCCAAGCAGGAGAUUGGUGGCUAUGGCGGUUCAGAUUCAUCCAUGAAUAGCCGCUAUCAGCCCAGUCGUCCUGCUCCCCAGGCACCCGGCUCUGGAUCUCGCGCCCCUGGAGGUCAACCGCUUACUGCUCAGCGACCCGCGCCCGCGCCUCCUUCGCAGAGCCCCUACGGACAAGGUCCUCCCCGCACUCCUGCUGGCGGCAACUCCCGAGGCGACGAGAGCCAAGGGUCACCCUCCCGCUAUGCUCCUAAUGACCCUCGUUCACAGGCUUCGUCCAGCCGCCAGCCCCAGAGUAAUGGCAGCAAGGGCCAGCAAGGUCCUCCCCCGAGCCGUCUGCCCGCUCCAGUCCAGGCUGUGAAGCCACUGAACAUUGCCAACAAGCAGACCGCUCCCAAGCAGCAGGCUGUUCCCGAUGGCCCCGAGCCGAGCAGCAAGAAGGAGGUGCGCAUGUCAGCUAUGUCUGAGAAUGAGGUUAUGGAUCGUCUGCGGUCUGUGGUGUCCAAGGACAACCCCAACGAAUCGUAUAGCAAACAGCGUAAGAUUGGUCAGGGUGCAUCUGGAUCCGUGUAUGUGGCUCGGGUUAAGGAGCAUGCGACUUCGCCCGUCGCCCACGAGCUGUACCGACAGUACGGCCCUCGAUGCCAGGUGGCUAUCAAGCAGAUGGAUCUGCGGAGCCAGCCUCGUAAGGAGCUGAUUGUGAAUGAAAUUAUCGUCAUGAAGGAUAGCCAGCAUGCCAACAUUGUCAACUUUUUGGAUUCGUUCUUGCAGGAGUCGAGCAAUGAGCUUUGGGUGGUUAUGGAAUUCAUGGAGGGUGGUGCUUUGACAGACGUCAUUGACAACAACCAAGUGAUUACGGAGAACCAAAUUGCGACAAUUUGCCACGAGACCUGCAAGGGACUAGCUCAUCUGCACAGCCAGAACAUCAUCCACCGUGAUAUCAAGAGUGACAACGUCCUACUCGACCGAGUUGGCCAUGUCAAGAUCACCGACUUUGGUUUCUGUGCCAAGCUGACCGAGUCGAAGAGCAAGCGCGCCACCAUGGUCGGUACGCCUUAUUGGAUGGCGCCCGAGGUGGUCAAGCAGAAGGAGUACGGCCCUAAGGUUGAUUGCUGGUCUUUGGGUAUCAUGGCUAUUGAGAUGAUCGAGUCUGAGCCUCCAUACCUGAACGAGGAACCUCUCAAGGCCCUGUACCUGAUCGCCACCAACGGCACACCACGUCUGAAGAAGCCAGAGAAACUGAGCAAGGAGCUCAAGGCGUUCUUGAGCGUGUGUCUCUGCGUGGACGUCCGUAGCCGUGCUACCGCCGAUGAGCUGUUGGCUCACGAGUUCCUUCAGACUGGUUGCAGCCUUGCCAGUCUGGCCGAGCUGCUACGCUGGAAGAAGGCCAACGGGCAAUAA